CCUCCUUCUCUAAUCCCAUCUAGACAUCUAUACCCAGCAGCAAUCGCAAUGGCUCCCCCGGACGUGUUGAUGGUAGGAACGGGCGAAUACACCACCGGCUAUGUCGGCGGUGCCGCCUCAACAUCCGACAAGAAAGUCGGCGUGGUCGGCCUGACUCUGUUCGAUCUGCGUCGUCGCGGCAAAGUGAACAAUCUGAGCAUGGUGGGCGUGUCUGGCCACAAGUUCCCGGGCAUCCGCGCACAUCUCCAGAAAAACAUCUCUGAGGUCUAUAAUAACCUCGACGUGAACUUCACUUCAUUCCCCGCCGACGGCACCUCCGACCCAGAAGCUUAUAAAGCCGCUAUCGAUGCGCUCCCCGCCGGCUCCGCCAUUACUAUUUUCACCCCGGACCCUACCCAUUACCCCAUCGCUCUGUACGCCGUGCAGCGCAAGAUCCACGUCCUGAUCACCAAACCCGCCACCCAGCUCCUCCGCGACCACCUGGACCUCCUCGUCGAAUCCCGCAAGCACAACGUUGUCGUCUACAUCGAGCACCACAAGCGCUUCGACCCCGCCUACAGCGACGCCCGCGCCAAAGCCGCCAGCCUCGGCGACUUCAACUACUUUUACAGUUACAUGAGCCAGCCCAAGAGCCAGCUGGAGACGUUCAAGGCAUGGGCCGGCAUGGAUUCGGAUAUCUCGUACUAUUUGAACAGUCACCAUGUCGAUGUUUGUGAGAGUAUGGUACCGGAGUAUGUGCCGGUGAAGGUGACGGCAAGUGCGGCCACAGGCACGGCUGUCGAGCUGGGGUGCGCGAAGCAAACGGAGGAUACCAUUACGUUGCUGGUGGAGUGGAGGAAGAAGGAUGGGUCGAGGAUGGCCACGGGAGUUUAUACGGCGAGUUGGACGGCCCCGCAGAGGGCGGGAGUACACUCAAACCAGUAUUUCCAUUAUAUGGGCUCUAAGGGUGAGAUCCGCGUCAACCAGGCAAAACGUGGCUAUGAUGUUACGGAGGACGAGGCGGGUUUGAACUGGAUUAACCCGUUCUAUAUGAAGUAUGCCCCUGACGAGGAAGGCAACUUCGGUGGCCAGACCGGGUAUGGGUACAUCAGUUUUGAGAAGUUCAUUGAUGCCGUCACAGCCGUCAAUGAGGGACGGUUGACCCUGGACCAGUUGGAUCAGCGACCCAUCCCGACAUUGAAGAAUACCUUGGCCACGACCGCGAUUCUGCAUGCGGGGCGCAUCUCGCUGGAUGAGAAGCGGUCGGUGGAGAUCGUAAGUGCGGAGGGGAAGUGGGAGUUGAAGUAGAUUGGUAGAUAGAGUGUAUGGUAAUGUUCUAGAACGGAAUAAUGGAAUGAUUCUA